CACCCCCCACCCCACCACCACCAUCUGGCUGUAUAAAAUUUCAAACUCCCAUCAACACCCUAACUCCCUUUUCAUUAUUUCAUUUUUGUAUACAAAAUAUUUCACCAAAUUGUUAUUUUUUUUCAAUAAAAAAUAGCAAAAGAAAACGAUGGGUUGUAUCAUCGUCAUCACCAACUUCGAUCAUCUAUCCAGCAUUAGUUAUGGAGACCUGGUCAGAAAAAUACCAAACCAACUCCCAGGUGCCAUUUAUGUAUUAUUUUCAUGCUAUUAUUUGAAUCUUCUCGUAGUUGGUAGUAUAUUCAAAUCAAAUUCAACCCAAAACCAAAAGGGGGACUAUUCCAGUUCUGCAUAAAAUUCUGCCAUUGUGUUGUAAAGGGUAGGUUGGAAUUGUAGAGAUUCUUGCGAUCUCGGGAUGUAUCCAUCAACAGUUUGGACAUAUGCAUGGGUUUUCGGCAUGUUCUUGUGCUGGUCUUCGCUACGAGCUGGAGCACAAGAUCUUGGUAUCACCCAUCCUGCAGAAGUGACGGCGCUGCGGGCCAUCAAGAGAAGUUUGGUUGAUCCCAACAAGAAUCUGAGCAACUGGAAUCGAGGAGACCCAUGUACAGCAAACUGGACAGGAGUGCUUUGCUACAACACAAUAUUAGAUGAUGGCUAUCAUCAUGUUCAAGAAUUGCAACUACUAAAUAUGAAUCUGUCAGGAAGUUUAUCGCCAGAGCUUGGCCGCUUAUCUUAUAUGAAAAUAUUGGAUUUUAUGUGGAACAACAUGAGUGGAAGUAUACCGAAGGAGAUUGGCAACAUAACAACCUUGGAACUUUUGCUCCUCAAUGGAAACAAAUUAUCAGGUCCCUUGCCCGAAGAGCUCGGUUAUUUUCCAAAAUUGGACAGAAUACAAAUCGACCAGAACCAAAUAUCAGGACCAUUACCAAAAUCAUUUGCAAAUUUGAACAAGACAAAGCAUUUUCACAUGAACAACAAUUCAAUUAGCGGGCAAAUUCCACCUGAGCUUUCCAAAUUACCAAGUCUUGUCCACUUUCUUCUUGACAACAACAACUUAUCUGGGUAUCUUCCGCCAGAGUUCUCAGAGUUGCCAAACUUAUUAAUACUUCAAGUUGACAACAACAACUUUAAUGGGACUACAAUUCCAGAUACGUAUAGCAACAUGUCCAAACUGUUGAAGUUGAGUUUGAGGAACUGCAACUUACAAGGGCCUAUUCCUGAUUUGAGUAGGAUUCCAAACCUCGGUUAUGUAGAUCUAAGCUCAAAUCAGCUAAAUGGAUCCUUGCCUCUGGGUAAACUCUCUGAUCAAAUCACGACGAUCAAUUUAUCUAACAACACUCUGGCCGGAAGAAUUCCUGGCAACUUUUCAAAUCUUCGUAAUCUUCAGAGAUUGUCUAUAGCAAACAAUUCAUUGAGUGGCUCCGUUCCAGCAGCGCUUUGGCAAAACAGGAAACUCAACGCGACAGAAAGACUAAUCUUGGAGUUGCAGAACAAUGACCUUACAAGUGUAAACGGCAGUACAGAAGUUCCGCAAAAUGUCACAGUCGGGCUUCGGGGAAAUCCGCUUUGCUCAAAUGCCAGCCUUGAUAAAUUCUGUGGGACCGAAAGUGGUGACGAAAAUGACAGUCAGAUUUCGAUUAACUCCACUGCCAACUGUUUGAGUCAAGCAUGCCCACCCCCUUUCGAAUAUCUUCCUGUAGCUUGUUUUUGUGCUGUUCCUCUACUUGUUGAGUAUCGGUUGAAAAGUCCCGGAUUCACAGAUUUUCGCCCAUACAAAAGUACAUUUGAGCGGUAUCUUACUUCUGGUCUCAAAUUAGAUCUCGAUCAGCUGGACAUUACUUCAUUUGUAUGGGAAAAGGGACCUCGACUGAGAUUUUCUCUGAAGCUUUUUCCUGUAUAUGUUGAUAAGGCCAAUAAUUCCCAUACUUUCAAUAAAAGUGAAGUUAAAAGAAUCAUGACCAUGUUCACAGCAUGGAAAAUUCCUGACAGUGAUGUAUUUGGACCCUAUGAACUUCUCGGCUUCAUUCUACUGGGGCCUUACAAGGAUGUGGUUGCCCUCUCUUCAAAUUCCGGUCUAGGCAAGGGCGCUCUGGCGGGCAUAAUAUUAGGGACUAUUGCUGGUGCCGUCGCAUUAUCUGCAAUUGUUUCUCUUCUUAUAUUCAGAAAACAUUUGAAGAACCGCCAUGCAAUUUCAAGAAGACGUCACACAUCCAAGAGCUCCGUUAAAAUUGAAGGUGUCAAGGCUUUUACUUAUGGAGAAAUGUCCACUGCUACAGACAAGUUUAACAGCUCUGCUCAAAUUGGACAGGGAGGUUAUGGAAAGGUUUAUAAAGGCACCCUUGCUGACGGAACAGUUGUGGCCAUAAAACGUGCACAAGAGGGAUCAUUACAGGGCGAGAAGGAGUUUCUAACAGAAAUAGAAUUAUUGUCACCCUUACAUCAUAGGAAUCUCGUGUCCUUAGUCGGGUAUUGUGAUGAAGAAGGGGAACAGAUGUUGGUUUAUGAGUUCAUGUCAAACGGAACUCUAAGGGAUCACCUUUCGGCAGCUAGGUCUAAAGAACCGCUGGGUUUUGAGAUGAGAUUAAGAAUUGCCCUAGGAUCAGCCAAGGGCAUCCUAUACCUCCAUACAGAAGCCAACCCUCCGAUAUUUCAUCGGGAUAUCAAGGCCAGCAAUAUAUUAUUGGACUCUAAGUUUAUUGCAAAGGUUGCUGAUUUUGGACUUUCCCGACUUGCCCCAGUUCCAGAUUUCGAAGGGACUGUGCCUGCUCAUGUAUCCACAGUAGUGAAGGGGACACCGGGUUACCUUGAUCCAGAGUAUUUCUUAACUCAUAAGCUAACGGAUAAGAGCGAUGUUUAUAGCCUCGGUGUCGUGUUUUUGGAGCUCUUGACAGGGAUGCAGCCAAUCUCACAUGGCAAAAACAUUGUUCGAGAGGUAAACAUUGCAUUCCAAUCCGGUAUGAUCUUCUCAGUAAUUGAUGGAAGAAUGGGGUCUUAUCCUUCCGAGUGUGUGGAAAAGUUCUUGAGUUUGGCUCUCAGGUGCUGCGAAGAUGAUACAGACGCGAGGCCCUCAAUGGCAGAGGUAGUUCGGGAACUCGAAAACAUAUGGUUUAUGGUGCCGGAGUCUGACAGCAAAACAACGGAAUCAGUGACCGAUGGUAGCGGUGGAAAGGUAGUGACUCCACCAUCCUCAUCCAAUGCAGCGAGGCAUCCUUACGUCUCUUCAGAUGUCUCCGGCAGCGACCUUGUUAGCGGAGUCGUACCUACAAUUACGCCAAGAUAGCAACCGUAGAGAGAACCAUUGCCGCAUCCUUUCUUAUUGCAGUUGGUUUUGUAAGGGUUGAGAGGUAGAUGAGUACAUAUUUUGAUCCUUUUGUUGUAAAACCAGUAUACUUUAGCAGUCAAAACAGUUGUUGAA